AUGGAUUCGGCAACAGCACAAUCGUAUUAUACUGGUUACAGUUCAUUUGAUCGCUUUCUCACUAUUUCUUUCAUGCAUAAUUAUCUUCUAACAUGGUCAUUUGCAUUUAUCUGUUCAUUUAUACUUCCUAUAUUAUAUCUUUUCGCUCCCGGAUCUCUUCGAACGACGCGCUCGACACAUUUUCUCCUUAUUUGUAUUGUUGCACUAUCGUACACGUUCGCUCUCUAUUUUCAAAUCUAUCUGGUCAGUUUUAGUGGUGAUUUAAACCUUCCAUACCAUGCAUGUCGCUUUGUGAUUUAUAUAUCAACCUUUGCCAAACCUAUGGGACUUUAUUUAACAUUACUAUUCAGUUUCGAACGAGUAUAUACAAAGAUUCUCUCGAAAAACUACUUGCGUUCAAAAUUAAACCAACGAUUAUUUCAAAAAAUAUAUCCAUUGAUUACUCUCGUAGUUUUAAUUCUGAUCUUCGGUAAGCGGCUAUACGAUGUUUUCCAAAUCUUACCUCAUAAUCGGACCACAGUAUUCGAACAAACUAUUGACAUAUCCAACAAUUCAUCAAAUGAUAUUCCCGACGUGAAUGAUAAUUCCACCGAUCAAAAUAUGACCAUUUCGUGCUGUUUCAAUACAUUGAAUGCUCAGGCAUAUUCAAAAAUGCUCACAUUCCAAAUUUCACAAUACUGGUUUGAAUACGCAAUAGUAGGUAUAUUAUUCACUAUGUUUAUAACUAUUCUUAUCCAACAAUAUUCGUCUCGACAAGGCAAUUCGUUAUAUCAAUUUAGCGUGAAUACAAAGUUUUACUUAUCUCUUUGCUCAUGUGUCAUUGGCUCGGAAGCUGUUUUGUUCGUUGUUCAUUUCAUCAUUAAAAAGGCAGAUAACACUAAUACAGAAUCGGCAUUGAUAUCCAUUCAAUGGAUGUUAUUUACGUUUCAUCUCCGUUCUAUUUUUCUUCCUGUUAUCGUUUGUAUUCUUACUUGUAAUCCAUUGAAAGAAUUUCUCUAUGAACUCUUCAUCACUCGACCUUACACAGAGAAUGUUGAAGAAACCGAUACAAUCAAUGAGCGUACCGAUCCAUUCUCUUCGUCACAACGACCGAAUGGACAUUUACGAGAUAGAUUUCGUCGACCAUUUACAAGUCAGCCGAAAAGAAACGAAACACAAGAUAACUUAUAG